AUGGAUGCAAAUAAUAAACUGUCAUUAUUAGCGUCAGUGAUGAUAAUAUUGCUGACGAACUCGGCAGAUCCACGAAGCGACGGUGAAUUUAUAGGCGAUCUGCUCGUAACGAAGACGACGUACGAAGCUUCGUUUGGUGGUUCUGAGAAGAUGUCAGCUGUACUGAAUGCUACGAGAACUCGCCUGCAAAUGGUCGGUGAAUCGUGUGUUGCUCUGCAAAUCAACGCUUUGAUAAGGCACGUACAUGUUCGAAAACUCUAUGAUCUAUGUGCAAAUUCAAUGGCAAUUUUUAAUGACGCUAGUUGGUGUGAUGUUUUCACCUUGGAAGAUCUAAGGAUUAUGGAGUAUUGGUUAGAUUUAAAGCACUAUUGGAGGAAAAGCUACGGAUAUAAGAUUAAUUAUCAUAUUAGUUGUCAGCUUUUACAGCAUAUAUUUAGUACGCUGGAAGACGCCAUGAUGGACGAAAGGACAGUGUUAAGUAACCAUGACAACUCUCCUGUGGGUGUAUUUCGCUUUGGACACGCUGAAACAUUUUUACCAUUGUUAAGUAUUCUUGGGUUGUACAAAGACGAAGACAAUAUCUUGAGAUAUGACAAUUACCAUAGCAACAGGAAUAGAACUUUUCGAACCAGCAAGCUGUCUCCGUUUGCUGGUAACAUAGCCUUUGUUUUAUACAGCUGUACAGAUAGCACUGGAAACUCAAUGUAUAUGAUAGAGGUAUUACUCCAUGAACAGCCAGUGACUUUACCGUGCUGUACUUCAACUUUAUGCUCCUAUGAUGUUAUUAAACAAUUUUAUUCCACAUGGCUGGAAGAUUGUGACUUCACAGAGAUUUGUCGGAUGAGAAAUGAAAAACUGCCCUCUAAAGAUGAACUUUAACCUUUUGAGCACCAUAUUUUUUCCC